AUGGCGUUAGACGUCCGUUUAUCUCGUGAUGUGGACGAACCAUGGGGGUUCCAGAUCUUCGGUGGAGCUGAUGAAGAGAUGCCUUUGACGAUACAACAGAUAGAACCUGACUCCCCGGCGAAGCGCGCUGGCUUGCUGAACGGUGACACGAUCCUGACGCUGAACGGAGAAGAAGCCAUCGACAUGUCUCUGCUGACCGCCAGCCGAAGAGUCGAGGAGUCAGGGCAUAGCCUCACAGUUGGAGUCCUGCGCGGCCUUUACGAUCCGGUCCUAGACGACACGGAGCCGUUGUACUACGAACCGGAAGAUUUAGGCCUACAAUCAGAACCGACUGAGGAAGAAAUAAGGGAGAUCGAGCGCAAAUCCUCUCUACUAGCAUCAGCGAUAGACGAGACCAUAAAAAGCAUAGAAGAAUACAAAGAAGAAGUAGGAAUUGAGACGAAAAAAGAAGUAAAAAAGGAGGUUAAAGUCCAAGAAUUCAAAGAAGAAAAGAUUUCAAAGAGCUAUAAAGAAUCUUACACAUCAGAAGAGAUAAUUAAAAACGGCUUUGAUGAAUUAGAUACUAAGAUAGAAGAAAUGCUAGAACAAUGCAACCAAUGA